CCGCGACUGCAUUGCCAUACCAUGGCUGCACUCACACAAUCUUUGUCCAAAUGGACGCAGCUACUUCUGCUGUUUGCAGCUCUAUGCUGCUUGAUUUCACCGGCUGUGUCUGUGAAGCACGAGAACUUCAAAACCUGUGACCAGUCAGGGUUCUGCAAACGUAACAGAGCCUAUGCCGACUCGGCCGCCUCUCAAUCCUCCUCGUGGACCAGCCCUUACGCCCUCGACUCUGCAUCUGUCACCUUCUCCAAGGGCCAGUUGUCAGGAACCAUCCUCAAGACUAUUGCAACCUCCAAAGAAGCCGUUCGUCUGCCCGUCACCAUUUCGUUCUUCGAAUCUGGUACCGCAAGGAUCACUGUCGAUGAAGAGAAGCGUCAGAAGGGAGAUAUUGAGCUUCGUCAUGGCUCCAAAGCCCGGAAAGAGCGUUACAACGAGGCUGAGAAGUGGGCAAUUGUUGGCGGAACCAAGCUCAGCUCUGGUGCUGCCACCGCCAAAGAUGCUGAGACUGGUACCACCAGGAUCUUGUAUGGUCCUGGAAGCAAGUUCGAAGCCAUCGUCACCCACUCUCCUUUCGGUAUUGAGUUCAAAAGAGAUGGAGAGACGCACAUCAGACUGAAUGACAGAGGCCUGAUGAAUGUCGAGCACUGGCGUCCCAAGGUCGACAAGCCGCAAGAAGAGAAGAAGGAAGGCGAAGCUGAAGCCGACGAGGCCAACAAGGAGGUCGCGGAAGAUGAAAGCACAUGGUGGGAUGAGGCCUUUGGUGGAAACACCGACACCAAACCGCGAGGCCCCGAAAGCGUAGCCCUCGAUGUUACAUUCCCUGGCUAUGAACAUGUCUUUGGAGUUCCAGAGCACACUGGUCCGCUCUCCCUAAGACAGACUCGGUAA